UUUUCACCCUGUGUCAUCUUGAAGCGCCGGGCUCAGAGCGAGCCCCCUCCCCGGGCACCUGUGCGUAAUGAUGAGGGCCCUGCUCUCCAGCUGCCUUUCUGACCUGGAGGCCCUGGCGCAUUCCCGGCUUUCCCAGUGACGAGCGCGGAGCAGCGGGCAGAGCGCCAUGGCAGAGAAGUGCGACUGCCUGGCCAGCAUGUACGGCUACGACCUGGGCUGCCGCUUCGUCAACUUCCGCCCGCUGGGCUACGGGGCCAACGGGCUGGUGCUGUCGGCGCUGGACAGCCGCAGCUGCCGCAAGGUGGCCGUGAAGAAGCUGACCCUGGGUGAUGCGCGCAGCGUGAAGCACGCCUUCCGAGAGAUCAAGAUCAUCCGCCGCCUCGAGCACGAGAACAUCGUCAAGGUCUACGAGGUGCUGGGCCCCAAGGGCGCCCACCUGCGCGGGGACUUCUUCAAGUUCAACAUGGUGUACAUCGUGCAGGAGUACAUGGAGACGGACCUGGCGCGGCUGCUGGAGCAGGGCAAGCUGGCCGAGGAGCACGCCAAGCUCUUCAUGUACCAGCUGCUGCGCGGGCUCAAGUACAUCCACUCGGCCAACGUGCUGCACCGCGACCUCAAGCCGGCCAACAUCUUCAUCAGCACGGAGGACCUGGUGCUGAAGAUCGGCGACUUCGGCCUGGCCAGGAUCGUGGACCAGCACUACUCGCACAAGGGGUACCUCUCUGAAGGCCUGGUGACGAAGUGGUACCGCUCCCCCCGCCUGCUCCUGUCGCCCAACAACUACACCAAAGCCAUCGACAUGUGGGCAGCUGGCUGCAUCCUGGCCGAGAUGCUCACCGGGAGGAUGCUCUUCGCUGGGGGCCACGAGCUGGAGCAGAUGCAGCUGAUCCUGGAGACCAUCCCCGUCAUCCACCAGGAGGACAAGGAGGAGCUGCUGAAGGUGAUGCCCAUGUUCAUCAACAGCACGUGGGAGGUGCGGAAGCCGCUGCGCAAGCUGCUGCCCGAGGUGGACAGUGAAGCUAUCGAUUUUCUGGAGAAAAUCCUGACGUUUAACCCGAUGGACCGGCUGACGGCCGAGAUGGGGCUGCAGCACCCCUACAUGAGCCCCUACUCGUGCCCCGAGGACGAGCCGGUGUCCCAGCACCCGUUCCGCAUCGAGGACGAGAUCGAUGACAUCCUGCUGAUGGAGGCCAGCCACAGCCAGAUGUCCAACUGGGACAGGUACCACAUCAGCCUCUCCUCAGACCUGGACUGGAGGCACGACAAGCACCACGAGAUGGACGAGGUGCAGCGGGACCCGCGCGCGGGCUCCGAGGGCGCGGCCGAGGAGGCGCAGGUCGACCCGCGGAAAUACUCCCAGAGCAGCUCGGAGAGGUUCCUGGAGCUGUCCCACUCCUCCAUGGACCGAGUCUUUGACGCCGACUGCGGGAAAUCGUGCGACUACAAAGUGGGGUCGCCCUCCUACCUGGACAAGCUGCUGUGGAGGGACAGCAAGCCCCACCACUACUCAGAGCCCAAGCUAAUCCUGGAUUUAUCCCACUGGAAAAGGGCGACCAUAGCGCCCGCAGCUGAGCUGUCGCUGGAAGAGGAGCCUUCCAACCUGUUCCUGGAGAUUGCCCAGUGGGUGAAGAGCACGCAGGUGGGGCUGGAGUGCCCCGGCUCUCUGCCGGAGGUGCAGGAGCAGAGCCUGCCCUCGUCCCCUCGCCGCCUCCGCAAGGAGCCCGCCGCGGUGGGCAGCGAGACCGAGCCCGAGUUCGACCUGGACGUCUUCAUCUCCAGGGCGCUGAAACUUUGCACAAAGCCCGAGGAGCUCCCGGACAACAAGCUCAACGAGAUCAACGGGGCCUGCAUCUCGGAGCACGCCGGGGACAUGGUGCAGGCUGAGGUGUUCCAGAAGGAGCGGUGGUGAGCGCCCCGCGCCUCCCUCUCCUUCCGGGGCCGU